AUGCACCCAACAACCCUAACCCUAUCUUCCUCACUAAUUCUGGUUAUUGCUAUUCUCAUCUACCCUCUUCUUACUACCCUUAACCCCAAACCCAAAGACCAAAAAUGAGCGGUUUCCCAUGUCAAAACCGCUGUAAGCACUGCAUUUUUAGUAAGUCUCUUACCGCUAGUAAUUUUCCUUGACCAGGGGGCCGAAACCAUUGUUACAAACUGACACUGAAUAAAUACCGCCCCCUUUGAUAUUAACAUUAGCUUUAAGUUUGACCACUACUCCAUUAUUUUUACACCUAUUGCUCUAUACGUAACCUGAUCCAUUCUUGAAUUUGCAUCCUGAUACAUACACUCUGACCCAUUCAUAAGCCGAUUUUUUAAGUAUUUACUUUUAUUUCUGGUGGCUAUAAUUUUACUUGUUACCGCAAACAACAUAUUCCAACUCUUCAUUGGCUGAGAAGGUGUAGGUAUUAUAUCUUUCCUCCUUAUCGGCUGAUGGUACGGGCGAGCAGACGCUAAUACAGCGGCCUUACAGGCCGUCCUAUAUAACCGAGUGGGAGAUAUUGGCCUGAUUAUGGCUAUAGCAUGACUUGCAAUAAACCUCAACUCAUGGGAGAUUCAACAAAUCUUCUUUCUGUCAAAAAACUUCGACAUGACCCUCCCCCUCCUAGGCCUAAUCUUGGCUGCAACCGGGAAAUCAGCCCAAUUUGGGCUCCAUCCCUGAUUGCCCUCCGCCAUAGAGGGCCCCACGCCAGUAUCUGCCCUACUUCAUUCCAGCACCAUGGUAGUUGCUGGAAUCUUUUUACUCAUCCGCCUCCACCCCCUAAUAGAAAAUAAUAGUCUAGCCUUGACAACUUGCCUCUGCUUAGGAGCCAUUACAACCCUAUACACAGCAGCAUGUGCUCUCACCCAAAAUGAUAUUAAAAAAAUUGUUGCAUUCUCUACAUCAAGUCAACUUGGACUCAUAAUAGUCACCAUCGGACUAAAUCAACCUCAACUAGCAGUUCUACACAUUUGUACACACGCCUUUUUUAAAGCAAUACUGUUUUUAUGCUCGGGGUCUAUUAUUCACAGCCUGAAUGAUGAGCAAGACAUCCGAAAAAUGGGGGGCCUCCAAAACCUCAUACCCCUCACCUCGACUUGUUUAACAAUUGGUAGUCUAGCACUAACGGGCACCCCUUUCUUAGCCGGCUUUUUCUCAAAAGACGCCAUUAUUGAAGCCCUAAACACCUCUCACCUAAACGCCUGAGCCCUGACCCUCACCCUCAUCGCCACCUCCUUUACCGCAGUUUACAGUUUCCGUGUGGUAUACUUUGUCACUAUGGGCUCCCCCCGAUUCCUGCCUUUAUCACCCAUUAAUGAAAAUAAUCCUUCAGUUAUUAACCCCAUCAAACGGCUAGCCUGAGGAAGUAUUGUUGCUGGAUUAAUUAUUACAGCAAACUUUUUACCCUCAAAAACACCCGUCAUAAGCAUACCCCUCACCCUUAAACUAGCAGCUCUGCUAAUAACCAUUAUUGGCCUACUCAUUGCUAUAGAACUCACUGCCCUAACCAAUAAACAAUUUAAAGUUAUACCUAAAAUUAUUGUGCACCACUUCUCAAACAUGUUAGGCUUCUUCCCGGCAAUUAUCCACCGACUAAUUCCAAAACUUAACCUAUUUUUAGGACAAUCUAUUGCUACACAACUCGUAGACCAAACAUGGUUUGAAGCUGCCGGCCCCAAAGGCAUGUCCUCCCUCCAAGUAAAAAUGGCUAAAACUGUAAGUGACUCACAACAAGGUAUAAUUAAAACUUACCUAAUAAUCUUCCUUCUAUCCACAACUAUUGCUAUUCUAUUGGCCAUAUCUUAA